AUGACACUGAGUAGGGUUGUCCGAAUUCGUUCCAUCAAUCAUCCCCGCAGCUUCAGCACGACAUCUGCAGCGCUAGCUCUAAGUAAUGUGGCUCGCUCGAAAGCUAAUCAACUUUCUCAAUGGAAGGGCACUAGCGUAAUUGGCGAGACAACGAAGAAUUUCAUUGGAGGAGAGUUCGUCGAUAGCAAGUCUUCCGAAUGGACGGAAGUCUUGGAUCCUACCACACAAACAUUACUCUCCACUGUGCCGCAGACCACUGAGACCGAAUUUAAACAGGCCGUGGAUGCUGCAGCACAAGCUUUCAAAUCAUGGAGUAGGACGAGUGUACUAGGACGUCAGCGUUUUGUCAUUGAACUCCAGCAUCUACUUCGCAAAAACGCCGACGCCAUUGCGAAUAGUAUCGUUCUAGAGCAAGGGAAAACCUUGUCAGAUGCGCAUGGGGAUCUGUUGCGAGUAGGCUUACAGGUCGCUGAACAUGCAAUUGGGAUUACUUCUACCUUGCUGGGCGACAAACUUGAAGUGAGUCGCGAUAUGGAUACAUACGUUCGCAAAGUACCACUUGGUGUUUGUGCUAGCGUUGCACCUUUUAAUUUUCCGGCUAUGAUUCCGCUUUGGACCAUACCUAUGGCGGCUGUAACCGGAAAUACAUUAAUUCUCAAGCCCUCAGAACGGGAUCCUGGUGCAGCGAUGAUCAUUGCUGAACUUUGCCAACAAGCAGGUUUGCCACCUGGUGUGUUGAAUAUUGUCCAUGGUGGAGUUCCUACGGUAAACGCCAUAUGCGAUGAUCCUGCUAUCAGAGCUAUAAGCUUCGUGGGUGGUGAUCGUGCCGGCAAACACAUCUAUAAUCGCGGAACUCAGAACGGAAAGCGCGUCCAGGCAAAUAUGGGGGCUAAAAAUCAUGCUGUAAUCAUGCCUGAUGCCAAUAAAAAUCUGGCGCUCAAUUCCCUCGUUGGUGCUGCAUUUGGAGCGGCUGGCCAACGAUGCAUGGCAAUAUCGGUCGCUGUUCUUGUUGGCGAAGCACAAUCAUGGCUUCCGGAAAUUAUAGAACGAGCGCAGAAACUCAGAGUCAACGGAGGUUUCGAGCCUGACACUGAUAUAGGUCCCGUUAUUUCACCAAAUGCAAAAGCACGUAUCGUAGACAUCAUCUCUUCCGCUGAAGAGGAAGGUGGCAAGCUGCAUCUUGAUGGACGAGGUUUGGUGGUACCUUCAUAUCCGGAUGGUAAUUUCGUCGGGCCCACCGUCAUCGAAGCCAAAACUCCAAUGAGAUGUUAUCAAGAAGAGAUUUUUGGACCGGUCCUCGUUGUAAUCCAAGCAGACACGCUAGAGGAUGGUAUUGAAAUCAUUAACGCUAACAGAUAUGGAAACGGGGCUGCCAUCUUCACUCAGUCUGGCGCUACGGCUCGAAAGUUUGAAACGGACAUAAACGUGGGGCAGAUUGGUAUCAACGUGCCCAUACCUGUUCCUCUUCCAAUGUUUGCAUGGUCCGGCAACAAAGGCAGCGUUUUGGGAGAUAUUGGUUUCUAUGGAAAGAGUGGUAUCGAUUUCUAUACGCAGAACAAGACCACAACAAGUUUAUGGAGAGCAGAGGACGCUGUUGGCACCCGCGCUCAUUCCACUAUGCCUACGUUCUCCUGA